AUGACGUUUUCUCCAUCCGAGGUAAACUUGAUCGAUGGAGAAACAGAACCGACGAGUAAGACAUACUUUCAGUUGUGUCGCUAUCGGUGGGAUUGGCCGUCGCUGGUCUCCUCUUUGGUGGGAUUGGCCGUCGCUGGUGGUCUCCCUCGGUUGUGUCGCCGAAGGGAAAAUGGAAGAAAAGGGAAAAUGGGGGAGAAUCGGGGGGAUGGUUUGGGAAAUGGAGAAAGGAAAUUGAGAUAUAGCUGGGUGGGUAUAGGAGAUGAUGUCCCGUUGUUGAUGGAGAAUCUAUUGUUAGCUACUGAAUUAGUUAAAGACUAUCACAAGAGUGAGAUAUCUCCGAGAUGCGCCAUGAAGAUAGACAUAUCUAAAGCGUUUGAUUCAGUCCAGUGGCCAUUUCUCCUCGCCACAUUAGAAGCUUUGGGGUUUCCUGCUAAGUACAUACACUGGAUCAGAUUAUGUAUAUCAACAGCGUCUUUUUCGGUGCAAGUGAAUGGGGAGCUUGCGGGCUAUUUUAAUAGUGCUAGAGGGCUUCGUCAAGGUUGUGCUCUAUCCCCUUCACUAUUCGUAAUAUGUAUGAAUGUUCUGUCAAAGUUGUUGGAUAAAGCGGCUGUUGAUAGACUGGUGGGAUAUCAUCCAAGAUGCAAGAAUGCUCUCUUGACACAUCUUUGCUUUGCGGAUGAUAUUAUGGUUUUCACAGAUGGGCAGAAGAGGUCAGUAGAAGGAAUUCUCCAGGUUUUUAAUGACUUUGAAAAGCUUUCGGGUCUCAAGAUCAGUUUGGAGAAAUCGACUCUGUAUAUGGCUGGGAUUUCUGUUGAGAACCAGAGUGCUAUUCUUGAGAACUUCCCUUUUGAAGCAGGUCAAUUGCCGGUCCGCUAUCUGGGUUUGCCACUUCUCACAAGGAAAAUGACAGUCUCAGAUUACUUACCAUUGAUGGAGAAGAUCAAGACCAGGAUGUGUAAUUGGAAUGGGAGAUUUUUGUCAUACGCAGGGAGACUCCAACUUCUUAAAUCUGUCAUCAUGAGUUUGGCGAAUUUCUGGUUUUCAGCGUUUAGACUUCCUCGGCAAUGCAUAAAUGGGAUUGAGAAAUUAUGUGCAGCAUUCUUAUGGUCAGGGCCUGAGUUGAAUACGAGAAAAUCUAAAGUUAGCUGGAAGGAAGUAUGUAAGAAGAAGGAAGAAGGUGGUUUGGGGUUAAGGGAUUUGAAGGAAGUAAAUGAAGUAUCCUGUCUCAAAUUGAUAUGGAGAAUUCUAUCUGGACAGAAUUCAUUAUGGGUGCAAUGGAUUCAGAAGAAUUUGAUCCGCAAAGGUUCUUUCUGGUCUGUUAAGGAGAACUCAACAAUAGGUUCUUGGAUGUGGAAGAAAAUACUUAAGACAAGAGAUGCUGCUAAGGAGUUUCAUCGUGUAGAAGUUAAAAAUGGAGAGUCUACCUCCUUCUGGUAUGAUCAUUGGUGUACAAUGGGGCGCUUAAAAGACUUGUUGGGAGAAAGAAGUUAUAUUGAUAUGGGUAUACCAGAAACUUGGACAGUAGCAGAAGUAAUACAGAAGCAUAGGAGGAGAAGGCAUCGUGUGUAUGGAAAAACAGAGAAGAGAGAUACAAACCAAAUUUCUCAUCAAAGAGUACUUGGCUGCUUGUUUGAAAGGAACACAUAUUGCAACGAUGGAUGGAAUCAAGCCAUUGAUCCUAUAUGCGUCUUGUGCAAGCAGGAAGGGGAGACAAGAAACUACUUGUUCUUCUCUUGUGCUUAUUCAAGUUACAUAUGGCAGAAGUUGAUUGGAGGGUUGCUUGGUACAAGAUACACGGAGCGUUGGGAGGAUAUUAUUGAGAUAAUGCUUGAUCUUAGACAGGACCGGGUUAAGCUUUUCCUGAUAAGAUAUGCAUUUCAGGCAGCAAUUCAUUCGAUCUGGCGAGAGAGGAAUUAUAGAAGACAUGGUGAUAAACAGAUUCCGCAUAUGCUGUUGGCUAAAGUGAUUGACAAGAAUGUGAGAAAUAGACUGUCUACUAUUCAGCGUCAAGGAGACAAGAAAAUGGAGAAGGGAUUACAAGUGUGGUUUGGAACUAGAUAA